AUGAGCAACGUGUUUAGUGUGGGCGGUUUUCAUUUUUGGCUUAGAGAUGUAAAACUCGAUGACCAGGACGAGUGUAGCAACUGGUCGACUCAAGCCGUAAAGGGUGAUAGCGAAUGCGAUAUGGAAAAUGAUAUAGAAGACGAGGAAAAAGAAGAAAAAAAAGAACCACCGUGCCGCUAUCAUCCCACUCUUGGGGGUUUUCGUGAGUUUCAGAAAGAAGAUGAAAAGCAACUAGAGAUCAUGAGGGAUUACGUUAAGAAGAACAGGGCUGAUUUUUGUGAUUCAUGCGGUGUGAAUGUUAAUUUUUUUAAAGAGUUAAUGGCAUCGCAUUAUUAUGAGGCACUUGUGAUUUCUGAAUUGGAUUGCGAGAUUUUUGGAAGUAAGAGGGGUAAAAUAUGUGAUGUAUAUGCACACAAACGAUAUCAUGAAAAAAACUGUUUAGAAAAACAAAAUUAA